AUGAAGAUGACGUACCGGUGGGAUUGUGAUGAUGAGUCCAUGUUCCAUGUCUUCCAUAUGUGGACGGGCAAAUUCAUCCAGAAACGAUUCGCCAUCGCCAGAAAGGAGCUAAUCAAGACACUUUGGCUAGCCAAUGAGGUAUGGCUCCAGCUUCGAGCAUACUACGCCAGCGUGGACUUCCAAGAUGAGUCCAUGAAGAGCAAGGUGGUGGACAGUAGCUUUCGAUUCCCGGAUCUUCCCAAGUACGAUGGGAGCAAGGAUCCUAGGGAACAUGUCGCCGCAUUUGAUCUGGUCAUGAACCUAUAUGGCCAGACCGAUCCGAUCAAGGCGAAGUUGUUUAUAACUACUUUGAAGGGCAAGGCACAGGAAUGGUUCACGAGUUUGAGUAGUGGAAAAAUUGAUUCUUAUGAGCAGUUAAUUCACAAAUUUUCUUUUCAUUUUGCCAGCAAAAGGAAAGCAAAGAGGUCCGCCCCUUACCACUUCACGAUUAGACAAAGGGAGGACAAGACGUUGAAGGUUUUUACGGGGAGAUUCAAUAACGAAGUGCUGGAGGUCCAGGAUCUGCGAAUUGACAUGAUGGUGAGCAUUUUGAUACAUGGUUUAAAAAAAGGCCCGUUCGCAUCGGCAUUGGCUCGAGAUCCACCAGCGAGAAUAGAGCAAUUAAUGGAGAUGGCACAGAAAUACAUAGAUGAGGAGGAGAUGAAUGCCAUGAAGGAUAAUGAGUGGACAAGGGAUCCUGGGCGAUCGAAGGGUGAGCGAUCAAGAGAUGGGAAGCAGCAAUCUGAAAAAGAUCGGGAACAAAAAGGACCAUACCAGCCUCGAUAUCACAUAUACACUCCCUUAACUACGACCAGAGAAAGAGUGAUGACGAUGGUGGAGAAAGAAGGCCUCCCGCAAUGGCCAGGUAAGAUGCGUGAUACACUUGCAAAGAAAAAUUCUCACAGGUAUUGCAGGUUCCAUAAAGACAAAGGCCAUAACACGGAGGACUAUUACCAGUCGAGGGACGAUAUCGAAAGGUUGAUAAGACAGGGCUAUUUAAAACAUCUGAUCGAUAGGAGGACCGAAGCAGGUGAACGUAGCAGGUCGCGGUGCCGUGAGCGGCACCAAAAAGACGAGGCAAGGAAGAGUAUAGCUCGGGAUAAUGCACUCACGAAGGGGAUUAUUCAUACUAUCUCGGGUGGACCGACGAACAGAGAUUCGAUGAGAGCAAGAAAGAAGUAUGCUAGGGAGAGUAGGUUCAAGUAUUGA